AUGCUGUCAUACAGACUUGUAGCAGUUACCCUGACGGGCCUCGCAGCGGCAGUAUCGGCCUCGCCGGCCCUGCACGAGGAGCACCACCGCCGGCAGCUGAGUGGCACAAACGCCGAGUUCGACUAUGUGAUUGUGGGUGGCGGCACCGCAGGUCUGGUCCUCGCGAAUCGUCUCAGCGCCGACAAGAGCAUCAGCGUGGCCGUCGUCGAGGCCGGCGCGUACUACCAGAUCACGCAGCCUCUCAUCGCCUCGACGCCGGCGGGAGACACCUUGUUUGUCGGCUCGGACCCCAAGGACACGAACCCGCUCGUCGACUGGGACUUUGUCACCGAGCCCCAGGCUGGGGCGAAUGGGAGACGGAUCCACUAUGCCAGGGGAAAGUGCUUUGGUGGCAGCUCGGCGAGGAAUUUUAUGAUCUACCAGCGAGGGUCCAAACAGACGUAUCAGAAGUGGGCAGAUGCUAUCGGUGAUGACAGCUAUACCUGGGAUGCGUUACUCCCGCACUUCAAAAAGUCCGUGGCAUUCACCCCUCCGGGUUCAUCCAGAUUCAAGAAUGCCAGUGCCGAAUAUAAUCCGGAAGCCUUUUCGUCAUCCGGCGGUCCUCUCCGUGUUACCAGCGCAAAUUAUGCCCAGCCUUUUAGCACCUGGAUGGAACCAGCCCUGAACGAGAUUGGCAUCAAGUCCACCCAGGACUUCAACAGCGGCGAGCUGAUGGGAGCGCAGUACUGCUCCAGCACCAUUAACGCUGCCAAGCAGACCCGCGAAUCCAGUCAGACCUCGUUCUUGGACGAGGCUGCUAGCAGGUCCAACCUCAAAAUCUAUUCGAUGACCAAAGCCCGCAAGGUCAUAUUUGACGCCAACAAGAAGGCCACCGGCGUCGAGGUGCAGUCUGAGGUCGCCAACGCCUUAGGAGUGGGCAGCUUGACCAAAUACACCUUGUCAGCCCGCAAAGAGGUCAUCCUGUCCGCGGGGGCCUUCCAGAGCCCCCAGUUGCUCAUGCUAUCUGGCGUUGGUCCGCGUGACCAGCUGCAGAAGUUCAACAUCCCAAUCGUUGCGGAAAGGCCAGGUGUCGGACAGGGGAUGGAGGACCACGUCUUUUUUGGUCCAUCCUACCGGGUCAACGUCCAGACUCUGACGCGCCUAUCCAACGACGUCCUCUACACGGGUGCUCAGUUUGUCGGACCCUAUUCGAUACAGAAGCAGGGACCUCUGACGAACCCAGUGGCCGACUUUCUCGGUUGGGAAAAGACGCCCCGAGACCUGCUCACUCCCAACGCCACCUCGGUUCUGGACUCGAGGUUCCCAGCCGACUGGCCCGAGAUCGAGUACCUCUCAGCCCCGGGCUAUAUUGGCAACUUCAACAACCUCUUCACGUCCCAGCCCAAAGACGGCUACCAGUACGCCACGAUCCUGGGAGCCCUCGUCGCCCCGAUAUCGAGGGGCACCGUGACCCUCAAGUCGGCCAGCCCCAACGACCUGCCCCUGAUCGACCCGGGCUGGCUGACCGACCCGACGGACCAGUGCGUGGCGGUGGCUGCGUACAAGCGCCUGCGCGCCGCGUUUGCGAGCAAAGCCAUCCGCGGCGUCCUGGCCGACCCCGUCGAGUACUUCCCCGGCCCGGCCGUCCAGACCGACGAGCAGCUGCUGCAGACCAUCAGGGAGACCGUCAUGACGGUCUGGCACGCCUCGUGCACGUGUCGCAUGGGCAAGGCGAACGACCCGAAUGCCGUCGUUGACAGCAAGGCUAGGGUUAUUGGCGUCACGGGCUUGAGGGUCGUCGACGCGAGCAGCUUUGCCCUGUUGCCUCCUGGGCAUCCUCAGAGCACCGUCUAUGUUCUGGCUGAGAAGAUCGCGGCUGAGAUUUUGGCGGGGAAGAAGUAG